UAGAUUUCACAGAUGAUGGCUUUACCUCGCAUCCUAGCAGCUUUUUGCGGCACUGUGAAGGUAAGCCCGGGCAGGGCCCACGGGAAGGAGGCGGCUCCCAACUCCUCCGCGGGGGCGGGAACGUGUGAGGGGAGGCGGAGUCCCACCGCGCGCUCGUGCUCCGCUGCGGCGCAUGCGCGGGAAACGCUGUGGCAGUGCCUUCCGCGGGGCUUGGCGGCGUGCCGCCGGCUGUGGGUGAGUAAGGAGCGGGCCGCCAUGGAGCCGGCGCCCCUCAAGCUGCUCCCUCCGGACCCCGGGGAUGAGGGCACGCAGCGGUGCAGGCUGGGCCCUGCCGCCCUCUCUUCGCUGGGGGUCAGGCUGGGCGCUCCGCUGCGGAUCUCCCUGCCCGCCGGGUGCUGUCUGUGCACGGCGUGGCCGCGGCCGGACCUGGCUGACGGGUACGUGCAGGCGGACCCGGCCUGUAGCACCGGGCUGACGGCGGCGGAGCUGCGCGGGCUGACGCUGAGUCCCGGCCUCCUGCAGCCGCUGUCCUCCCGCCGCCUGCGGGGAGCGGCCGUGCGCGCAGUGCUGCGGGGCGGCGCGCCCAGGCGGGCCGCGGGGCUGCAGGAGGCGGUCCGGGACCUGCUGACCAACGUCUACGUUUCCCCUCACUACGUUGUUACCGUUGGCCCUAAUGUCCGCGCUCCCGUGCUGCACGUUGAAAUCCUCUCCGUAGACCCCGUGACAGAGGAAGCCGGACUGAUAACCCCUCAGACGAGCGUAACGAUUAAAGAGGUGAUCACGUUAGAACGGUACAGGCUUUUAACGGAAGACACGGCAAAAAUUCCCGUGGCGGGGCUGGACGAUGUGGGAGAGUCUCUGAAGGAAAUGGUCGACCUGCCGUUCCGUUUCCCACGGACGUUUAAGAAGCUGGGGCUCUCCGUCCCCAAUGGGGUGCUGCUGGUCGGCCCUCCGGGAGUGGGGAAAACGCUGCUGGUGAAGGCAGUGGCAAGAGAGGCGGGUGCGUAUCUGCUGUGCAUCAGCGGCCCUGCGCUGUACGGCUCCAGGCCAGGGGAAAGCGAAGAGAAUUUGCGAAGCGUCUUUGAAAAGGGCAGGGAAAUGUCCUGUGAGGGCCCGACUGUUCUGUUUAUUGAUGAGAUCGAUGCUCUGUGCCCAAAGCGAGGGAGCUCUAACAGUGCUCCUGAGGAUCGCCUUGUUGCUCAGUUGCUAACACUGCUGGAUGGUGUUGGUCGUAAGGAUAGGAUGGUCGUCGUGGCAGCGACAAACAGGCCUGACGCCUUGGAUCCUGCACUGAGAAGACCGGGCAGGUUUGACAGAGAAGUUAUUAUUGGGACACCAACGCUUACACAGAGGAGAUCCAUCCUGCAGAUGCUCACCUGUAGUAUGCCCAUUUCUACGGACAUUGAUUUGGUUAAACUGGCAGAAAUGACAACUGGGUAUGUUGGAGCUGACCUUACAGCGCUCUGCAGAGAAGCUGCUAUGCAGGCUGUGUUCCACAGCUCUUUGGAUUCAGCUGAAGUGCUGAUUAACAUGGCAGAUUUCCAAGAAGCUUUUAAAAAAAUUCAGCCAUCCUCUUUUCGAAGUGCAAUUGGACUCAAAGAGUGUAAACCCAUCACUUGGGAGCAGAUUGGUGGUCUUGAAGAUGUGAAGUUGAAGUUAAAACAGAGUGUGGAGUGGCCCAUGAAAUUUCCUCAGGCAUUUGCAAGGAUGGGCCUGGCUCGUCCAAAGGGUGUUCUUCUCUAUGGACCAUCAGGGUGUGCGAAAACCACACUGGUGAAGGCUGUGGCCACCAGUUGUCACUGUUCCUUUCUCUCUGUAAGUGGUGCUGAACUAUUCUCACCUUACGUUGGAGAUUCAGAGAAGAUUUUAUCUCAGGUGUUUCGCCAAGCGAGAGCAAAUACUCCAGCAAUAAUAUUCCUGGAUGAAAUUGAUUCUAUCCUGGGAUCUCGGUCGCACAGUAAAAGUGGCCAUGGUGUCUCAGAGCGGGUGCUGUCUGUUCUUCUCAAUGAGCUGGAUGGUGUUGGGCUGAAAGUCACAGAAAGAAGAGGAAAUAAACUACAGCUUGAAGGGAGAUGUGAAGAACUAAGUGAUGAGGAAAGACAGCUGGAGUUUCAGGAGACUUUGAGCAGAGAUUUCAUGGUAGUUGCUGCAACAAAUAGACCAGAUAUGCUGGAUGAUGCCUUACUGCGCCCUGGAAGAUUAGACAGAGUGAUCUAUGUUCCACCUCCAGAUCUAAAGGGAAGGCUUUCCAUUUUGAAAAUCUGCACAGAAAAAAUUCCAUUAGAUACUGAUGUGUCACUGCAAGAUAUAGCAGCCCUAACAGACCUCUUCUCUGGAGCUGACAUUGAGAAUCUGUGCAAGGAGGCUGCUUUGCUGGCAUUGCAGGAGAAUGGACUUGAAGCGACUGCUGUAAAACAUGGACAUUUUGUGAAAUCCCUGGAGACUGUAAAGCCAUCUUUAAGCAUGAAAGACUUGGAAUUUUAUGAGAAAAUCUAUAGUCAAGAAUUAACCACUUGAGUCAUAAAGGGAUCAUGCGCCCUGAGUGCUACUUAAUAUAUCACAGGGAAAGAUUUGCAGUCUCUUAUGUCUUUUCUGCUUUUUCAUACUGUAUUUAUUGCCAUUUGCAGUUUGUAUGCAAUACAGUAAAAGUUGACUUUUGAAAGA